UAUUGUGUGAUUAUUCUUCUUUUUUAUGGAAAAAUUUAUACAUAUUCAGUAUUUGACUUCUUACUGUUGAUCAAUUGAUUUGUUUGAUCAUAAAAACUAGCUAACCAUUCCUAAUUACAGUUUGAUCUACCAACUUUGUUAUGUAAGUAAUUCAUUAAUUUAUUUUCCAUUGCAAUAUUACAUAUGAAGCUUGAUUUGAUAAACGACAAAGCCUCACUAGUUGUUCAGUCUCGCUAGUUAACAUAUCCAUUGAUGAGGCUCUUUGCACGAAAUUAUUAGUUGUUUGAAUCAAUUCAAAUAGCAUAAAAUAAUUUGUGUUCGGUUGCAAUAAAUCAAGCUUCAUUACAAUGGUAAUUAAAGAGUGUGAUUUGUUUUCCGUCCAAGUUGAAGUUAUUUGUCCUCAUUGCAACUACGAAAAAGUUGUUUUCUGAUUUAUGCGCACAUUGUUUCUAUUUUUUCCUCAGAUUUUAUGAGAUCACUACCUUAAUUCGCACUAUGGCGGAACCUGAAGGCGCCGCUGCCGCUGCAGCGGUAGCAGCUAUUGACGGGAAUGCUGCGGCACUGUUGCCGCACAACCCACGUGCUCGGAAACUGCGCUCGGCAGUGUGGAACGACUUCACAAAGGAGCGGCGCGCUGAUGGGAGCUUUGUCGCGGUGUGUCACCACUGCAAGAGGCAGCUGACAGCAAGCAGCCGCAGUGGUACCACCCACCUCAAGAACCACCUUGCCACCUGCCUCUCCACAAAACGCGUGUCCAAACGCAGGAAGCUUCUCGUCCGCCGCCUCCUCCUCAAACCCCAAAAUGCUGCCACCGCUGCCAACGACGUGGCAUCCCACCCACACUUCGAUCAGGAAGUCAGCCGACAGGACCUUGCCCGCAUGAUCGUCCAGCACGGCUACCGCUUUUCCAUAGUCGACGAUGUCGGGUUCCGGGCCUUUGUCCGCAACCUCCAACCCAAUUUCAAGAUCACGCCCUACGAGGCUGUUAAAAUCGACUGCAUGCGGAUCUAUGAGAGCGCGAAGCUCCAGCUCCGCGAAGUGUUCGAUAAGAAGCUCCACUGCCGAGUCAGCAUCUCUGUUGACAUGUGGAGGUCAAAGGAAAAUGUCCAACAGUACAUGUCUUUGACUUGCCAUUACAUCGAACACCUUGACAACGAAUGGAAACUCAAAAAGAAGUUCCUCAAUUUCGUACACAUAGAUGCUUCUUCCACCGGGGAAGAUAUUUCUAGAACAAUUUUGGACAAGUUUAGUGAGUGGAGUAUUGAUAAGAAGUUAGUAAGCAUUGUUUUAGACAAUUGUACAGCUAGUGAAUUGGUCGGAAGAGAGCUUCUACGUUCCCUUAGGUCAAAGGGCUUCCUCGUGUUGAACGGCGAUCUAUUACUAGUACGUUCUUGUGCGUGUAUGCUGAAUCUUAUCAUUCAAGAAGGUAUAGAGUUCGCAGCUGAGUUGAUUAAUAGAGUUCGGGCUUGUGUGCACUACGUCAAAUCCUCGGAAGAAAAAUUCAUUAGGUUUCAGAAGGCAGCGGAAACUGAGAAGCCGCUUCUUGUUGAUUCUCCAGACGGCUGGGCUCCUGUGUUCGUGAUGCUCGAAGCUGCCUGCCAUUAUCAAGAAGCCUUUACUCGCUUGGCCGAAUGGGAUCCGGAGUAUCAGGAUUUUCUCUCUUCGAACGAUUGGGCUGAAGUAAAAGCGCUUACAGAAUGUCUCGACAUCCUUUAUCACACGAUGGAGAAGCUCUCGGGCACGGAAAAGCCAACCUCAAAUCUUUAUUUCAAUGAGAUUUGCGGCAUUCACUUACUUCUAAAGACAUGGUGCGACAGCCGGUAUUCUAUUGUCGCUUCGAUGGCUUCGCACAUGUUUGAGAAAUUCGAGCAGUAUUGGGGUGUGACGAGAAUGGUAAUGGCCUUUGCCUCUAUUUUGGAUCCUCGAUACAAGAUGAAAUCCGUGGAAUACUUCUUUAAGCUAAUCUAUACUGACCCAAAUACAGCCAAGGAGAGGAUUGAGAGUAUCCGUAAGUGUUUUACAAGCCUGUACAAUGAGUAUGCUUUCCAGUUAGCUAGUAAAGAUCAAACCUUCCUGUGCUAUGUCGUGAACAGCGGGGGCAUCAGCAGCUCUAACUAUGCAAAUGGGGCUGCUGAAUCUAAGACCUUUUCUCGCUCCACGCUAUCGGAUGCGCAAAGGGGACUCGACCAAUAUCUACAAGAGACAUCUUCCGGCCAGACGUUGAAAUCCGACUUGGAUAUGUACUUUGAGGAAGCCGUGUAUCGCCCUAAAGGUCCUUCCGAUAAUUUCGACAUUUUAGCGUGGUGGAAAUCCUUUGCGGCAAAAUAUCCCGUCCUCUCUGCGAUGGCUCGUGAUAUUUUGGCUAUUCCGGUAUCAAUCGUUCCGUUAGAUAAUGAAGCUAGGAUACUCAAUGAGUACCUCAGCCCGAUGGACCCGAUGACCGUCGAAGCCUUGGUGUGUGCUCAAGAUUGGCUAAAAGAAGAAGUUGAAGUUGGACCUGUCGAAAGCCUCGCGAUUGUUCCUGCAGUUGCUGUGUCGGAUGUGGACGUUGACGAGUCUAUAGUACCUGUCAAUGGAGAUGAGUAGCCUUUAGUCGUCGAGAUAGAAAGGGACUGGAACCAGCCGAAAGCAGAUCCCGGAGAGUCGAGACGUGCAACUGCAUUUCCGUCGGGAAUCGGCCCGAAUACGUUUCAAUUUUUUCGGAUAUAGAUAUCUAUACUAACGAUUACUUCUCUUACUAUUAUUUUCUUCGUAGAUGUCGCGGGCGGUGCAUAUUUGAGCUACUAAUGGUGUAUAGAGAAAUCAAAAUUUCUUAUUGGAAAUGCUAAAUGUGGGUGCAAAACUGAUAUAUCUUUCAAUUUUGCCGGCGCAUUCAUAAUGCUUCUCCAAUUAUGCUUCCUAACAUAUUGCUGGAUGUAGUUCUAAUUUCAGAGUUGUGCAGAAAUAAACAAUCAAAAUCCUUAUUUGGCUCA